AUGGAAAUCAUUAAAAUUUUCAUCCUGUUAACAGUCAAUUACGCUAUUUGUAAUAAAAAUGACGAAAAUGCAGUUGUAGAAUCUGUUCCAAAGGAAAGUAGGUUACAGCGCAAGAAUAUUAGGUUUAACGAGGCAUAUAAGCCUAUUAUUGAGAGUUUUAAAAGAAUACGGGACGACAAAGUUUAUGACAACAGAUUUCAGCCCAGUUGCAUCCUCGAUAAGAUUAUUAUUGAGAGGAAUUAUAAUUCGACACAGUUAAAGAUAAAGACUAUUGAAAAAGAUCUAGAAUCAUUGAAGGCGUACAAGAGCCAAUUUUCGACAAAAAUAGCUGAGAAUAAGACUAAAAUUGAAAUGUACUCAUAUAAAAUGGCGGAGGAACUGGAUCAGUUUGACGAAAAUGAACCGAAACUGUCAGAUAACGUACUUGAUAUUAUAAGUGCCAUAAAGGCCGUUAAGGACGAAAACGGCUUUCUGAUGACAAUGAUUUCUAAAUUUGAUGAAAUGGAGGCGAAUUUACUUGAUCGACUGGUGAUAUACAAAAAUUAUUCGAGGGACUUAGGUAAGCCUUAA